AUGUUGAAAGUCGUUGGUGCAUCGUGGCAAAAAACGCGGAUAGGGACCUACAUCCUCAUCGGUGCUGGUCUCCUGGUCAUCGGAGCCUUCUUCAUUGGAUACAUGGAGCGGCCGGAGUACGAUGGCACCUAUUGUGCCACCGCUCUGUGGACCAAGCAGGUCGGCUUCCAAAUUGAAAACUGGAAGCAGCAGAACGAUCUGGUCAACAUUCCCACUGGAGUAGGCAGGAUUUGCUACAAGAACUCGGUUUACGAAAAUGGAUGGGCUCAAAUUGAGGUGGAGACGCAAAGAACUUAUCCUGAUUGGGUUCAAGCUUAUGCUGCUGGAAUGCUAGAGGGUUCCCUAACUUGGAGAAACAUCUACAAUCAGUGGUCCAAUACCAUUUCCUCUUCUUGCGAGCGGGAUGAGAGCACCCAGAAGUUCUGCAGUUGGCUGAGGGAACUCUUGACUUCGAACUACAACCGCCUGAAGAGGCAAACGGACAAGGCCGAAAACGAUCACUACUGGCAUCAGUUGCACUUGUUCAUCACCCAGUUGGAGGGUCUGGAAACUGGUUACAAGCGAGGAGCCACUCGAGCACGUUCCGAUCUGGAGGAGGAGAUACCAUUUUCCGAUUUCCUGCUGAUGAAUGCCGCUGCCGAUCUCCAGGAUCUGAAGAUCUACUAUGAGAACUAUGUGCUGCCCAACACUACAGUGGGAACUGAGGAAUCGGGAACCGAUCAGCCGAAGAACUUCUUCCUGCCAAGUGCUUCCAUGCUGACGAAGAUUGUCCAGGAGGAGGAUUCUCCGCAGACACUCCAAUUGCUAUUUGGUCACAGUACGGCAGGCAGCUACUCCUCCAUGUUGAGGAUCCAGAAGCGCUACAAGUUCCACUACCACUUCUCACCGAAGCUGAGGAGCAACACGGUGCCCGGUGUGGAUAUCACAUUCACUGGUUACCCCGGCAUCCUGGGAUCCACUGACGACUUCUACAUGAUCAAGGGACGUCAUCUGCAUGCGAUCGUGGGAGGAGUGGGCAUCAAGAACGAGAAUCUGGCGCUGUGGAAAUCGGUGGAUCCCAAGAAGAUGGUUCCCUUGGUGGCGCGUGUGAUGGCGGCCAAUCGUAUCUCACAGAGUCGUCAAACGUGGGCCAGUGCAAUGAGCAAGCAUCCAAUCACCGGAGCCAAGCAAUGGAUCACCGUGGACCUGAACAAGCUGAAGGCCCAGGAUAACCUCUAUAACGUUUUGGAGGGCGAUGACAAGCAUGACGAUGCCGCAGUUACGGUGAACGAGAAGGAUCGGACGGCCAUUCAGCAGCGUCACGAUCAGCUGAAGGAUAUGGUUUGGAUUGCCGAGCAGCUGCCGGGCAGUUUGACCAAGAAGGAUGUGACUCAGGGAUUUCUGGUGCCCGGCAACUCCUCCUGGCUGGCCAACGGAGUGCCGUACCACAAGAGUGUCCUCGAGCUGAGCGGUGUGAACUACAGCGAGGAUCAGCAGCUGACGGCCGCCGACGAGGAGGAGCUGACGAACCUCGAGGCGGUGGACAAGUACCUGAGGACCCACGGCUUCCGUGGAGAUCUGCUGGGCAGCCAGGAGUCGAUUGCCUAUGGCAACAUAGAUCUGAAGUUGUUCUCCUACAAUGCUCGCUUGGGAAAGAGCGAUUUCCACGCCUUCGCUGGCCCGAUUUUCCUGCGAUUCCAGCACGUCCAACCGAGAGCUUUGGAUGACGAGGAAAAGGACGGUGUUCCACCAUCUGCCUCCAUGGGCGAUGAAAGACUCAGUGUGAGCAUCGAGGAUGCGGAUAGUCUGGCGGAAAUGGAACUCAUCACCGAACGGCGACCGGUGCGAAAUGAUAUGAGGGCCAUUGCGAUGAGGAAGAUCGGCAGCGGACCCUUCAAGUGGUCGCAGAUGAGUCCCGUGGAAGAGGGCGGUGGUCACGAAGGACAUCCCGAUGAGUGGAACUUUGACAAGGUCUCCCCCAAGUGGGCGUGGUAGGCGCUAAAAGGAGAAAACUGAGGAGUUUUUAACCCGUAGAACCCAAUCGAAUUUGUACCCCGAAACCCACCUCCAUCCAUCUGAAAACUGGAAAGCAAUGAUUGCCUUAGAUUCAGUAAUUAGUGUCUCGUCUUCUGUGUCUCGUAUAAUUGUGUGUUCCUAGUUGGUACAUAUCUUUCGUCCAUAGUCUUUUAGUGUGUACUGUACUUAUGUGCGUCCUGCGUGUCCCAUCAAUCGUCAAUUGUUGUCUUCCAGUUAUUGAACUUUUAAUUUCCCCUAGGUCUUUUGUAAAUUAGCAACCAAAUUGUAAACCUAUUUUUUAGCAGCAAAUUUUUGUACUUUUAGUAACUUAAUAAAAAAGAAUACACAAGGAAAACAAGAAAAACUAAA